AAAUGUUCCUCCUGCAGCUGGAGGCGAAGACCUGGUGAGCUGGUUUCCAGUGCUAAUGAAACAUAUCCGUUAUAAUGUGCUGGAAGUUCAUCUAAAUGAGAAAAUCAAUUUAAAAGUCGACAGUAAAUUUUUACAUGAAUUUCCGGUUAAAAUACAGCACAUAUUGAUUAUAAUAGGCAAUAAGCCCAAUCCUUCUUUUUGCAUGUUUGAGAUGGAAACAAACUGCAGGCAGGAGCCGUUCUGCUGCAUGUUUCAAGCUGGUGGGACUAACAGAUGGCAAUAAUGGGAUUACAAUAAUCGGAUUUUUAAAAGUGGCAUAUGUAAUCUUAAACACCUACUGUAAAAACACAGUAAUCUGAUUACAGACUCAUUGAAGAGAAGAAUGCAGAAAGCAUUUAGAUAAAAUUAAUGAGACUUGAUUUUGUUAUAGCAUUACUGGAAAUCUCUUCACUCUGUUCAGCUGUGAAGCGGAAGAAAGCCUUCUUUCUUUCCCUGUUCAGUCGAGGUGUGGGAUGCAUUAGGAGAUCAUACAGCGCGGUGACGCCCCCAAGUGGAAAUCAGCAGCAUUACAGCAUCAGUCCAAGAUAGAAAUAGUUCAGUUUCGCUUUCCAAUCAUCAGAAAUGAUACCGAAGUUUUCCUCCUCACAUGUAGCUGUAGUCAGGUCUCACAGGUGGAAGUUAACGCAGGCAGAGCUCGGACACGAUGGCGACAGAAAUACUGAGAAUGAUCUGCGCCGGCCAAGGAGCAGUCAACACGGAGGAUUUAGUGUAUAAUCUAUUUUCCGGCGAUCCCACGAAGUUGUCGGAGAUCAUUUCGAACCGAGAGAAAUUUGCUCGGUGUUGUCCAAACGGACAGGAGAAGGUGGUGGCCAGGACCCGCCUGAGACUUUGCAGAGCCAAAGACUGCCCGGGGACGUGCAGGGGUCUGCACCUGUGCAAAAACUUCCUCUUCGGAUUCUGUGAGUUCAGCCAGCUCAGGAGGGGCUGCAGCUUCUCCCAUGAGCUGACGUCUGAGCAUAACCAAAGACUUCUGAGGGAGCAUGAGCUGGAGAGCCUGAGCCGAGAAGAGCUGUGCACCCUGCUGCUGCAGAGUGACCACACACUCCUUCCUGCUAUAUGCUACAACUACAACAAUGGUGAUGGAGAGUUCGGCAGGUGUCGGGAUGGUGAUGGUUGCAGGAGGCUCCACAUCUGUGAGAACUACAUCAGCCGUGAAUGCAGCUGCUGGAAGAACCACGAUUUUAAUGCUCCACAGCCAUUCAGAGCUUUGCAAGCUAGAGGCGUACCUGACACACUCUUUCAGUCCUUGAAAGCUGCUUAUGCAAAUAAACAGGCUUUGAGACUGGCUGGAACCAACAGGGAAGAUAGAGUCCACAGAGGAAACUGCUCCAGUGGUGAAGUCUCUGCUAAUGACAACAACACUGAUGAAAGCAGUCUUUUUGGUAAGAGCAAAAAGCGCCCACGCCGUUGGGAUAGAGGGAAAGACGGUAACCCGGUCAACCGAGAAUACGCCCGUUUCUCAAGUGACAUUCAUGCAGCUGACGAUGAAGCUGCAAAAGCCAACAAAGGGCACAACAAGAGACAGAGGACCGUUAGAGAUAAAACAGGGAUCUGCAUGUACUUCAUUAAAUGUCACUGCAAACAUGAAGAUCGAUGUUAUAAAGCUCAUGACAAGAUGCCGUACCGAUGGCAGACUACUGUGACCCCAGUAACUCUUACAGGUACUCACACAAUUGAACUUCUUCAGAGAUUUAUUUUACACAAUCUGUUACGGUUUGGAGGAGGACUCAAGCGCAGGACUCCGGGCUCAGAUGCACACAAGCAAGAUUUAUUUACAAUUCACCAGGUGUGUAUACAAGACUCCAACACUGCCACUCGGGAAUCACACGGGGGGAAAAUCCAGGGAGCUCUCAGUACCAGCCCGGCCGUGCACUUUGACACGAUGACGUUUGGACAGAACAAAGUGCGUCGACUCUCGACAGAAAACUCGGUGAUCGAGCCGACCUUCAUCCACACCACCGAGUGGCUUUGGUACUGGCAGGAUGGGAGUUGGAACAUGUUUGCAUCUGCUAUUGGUGGACAUAAAACAGCAGACAUCAACAGUGCAAAGCUGGAGGAGAAGUUUCUGGCCAAUGAUAAAGACGUGGUGGAGUUCACUGCUGGUUCACAGUCAUAUUCACUCAGUUUCCAGGACAUGAUGCAGACAAACAAGCGUUACGGCACCAAAAGGCCUGUUUGUAGACGGCCACGGUUUGUCUCUGCUGCAGAUGCCCUAAAAAAGAAAGUCAGAAGGUCUUCAGUUCAAAGCUCCACUUCAAUACCAAAAACCUGGGACAACACACAGAUCCCUCAAACAGGAUGCUCGGUAUUGUAAAAAACAUAAAAUAUAACUAUUCU